UUUGCGCUGGUUGUAGUGGGUGAUGCGGGCUUAGUGCUUGUUGUCAAUGCGAACCGCGCUGCUUAGGCUACCAAGAUAAAUGAAGCAACGUUUGAAUAAUUUAAUCUAAACUUUAGGAAAAAUAGACAUAUCGCAACCUAUCGUACAUCAGACAACAUAGCCUUCCUGUACGCACGCGGGGCUGUGUGUGUAGGCUAUAUUCCAAGGAGCCAACGCUGACUGACGCAAAAGCUCGCAAGAAGUCAUUACGUUCGGUUUUCGUUUAGGUUAAGGCGGUGUGAAAUCCAGCUGUUGGCAGAUAUUACGGAAAGCCUGCCCUUGCUGAUACAACAAAAUAUUGUCUAUUGACUGCGGAGGACAUUGCACGGCUGUUGCAUCGGACUGCCUGACAGGAGGAACAAGCGACGGAUCAAGAGUUCAGAGUCACCAUCAUCACCAUCAUCAUCAGCAGCAGCAGCUCUUCCUGAAGGAGAUGGGAUUGGGCCCCUGGCCCUCUGGACACACAGCACUCAGAACACUGUCCCCUGCAGCCCAGACAGGCGCACUGUGAGGCCCCCAUCCAAACAUCCAUGAUUUCUCCAUAGCCCUGAUCAGACUGGUGCAGUCAUGUUCAGGAACAGUCUAAAGAUGCUGCUGAGCGGUGGCAAGUCCAACCGCAAGAACCGGAACAGCGGUUCUACAGACAGUGAGGGUGUGUGUGAGGGGGAUUACGGUGUGCCCCCCCUCCCGGUGACGGAGAGUAUGCAGCACAUGCGCAUCAUGGAGGGGGUGUCCCGCUCCCUCCCCUCCUCCCCCCUCCUCUCACACCAGGCCGUCACACAGAGGCAGUACACCACCAAACGCAUGCCCGGUGAGGACCACCGGCCCGAGCUGGGCCCCCCUCCGUCGGUGGAUGAGGCGGCCAACACCCUGAUGACGCGCCUGGGCUUCCUGCUGGGGGACAAGGUGGGAGAGGGCCCCCCGGGGCCCCAAUACGGCAUGGAGGAACACGACGACGCACAGGCCAUGUUGGUGAGCCAGCGUAUCAGCCCGUGUUCCAGCCUGGCCAGUAGCACAGCGUCGCCCCCUGCUGGCAGCCCCUGCUCCACGCUGCCGCCCGGACCCGCAAUGCACCAUGGGAACCGGGACUGCAGCGCCUACGGCUCCAUCACCAGCCCCACGUCCACGCUGGAGAGCAGGGACAGCGGCAUCAUAGCCACCCUGACCAGCUACUCUGAGAAUGCGGAGCGUGGCGGGGGUAAGCACGGUGGUGGCGAGGGCAGCCGCGGCAGCAGCCUGAAGCUCUGGCAGACCCAGAAGGCCAUGGGCUCGGGGAGCAUGGGGCUGGGCAUGGGGGGCAUGGGCAUCGGGGGCGACUCCUUCCUGUACCGCGUGGACGAGAACAUGGCCGCCUCCACCUACAGCCUCAACAAGAUCCCCGAGCGCAGCCUGGAGCAUCACCACGGCACCUCCCACUCCGCCCACUCCAUCCCCCUCUACCUCAUGCCCCGCCCCAACUCCGUGGCAGCCACCAGCUCGGCUCACCUGGAGGACCUGGCCUACCUGGACGAGCAGAGACACGCCCCCCUGCGCACCUCCCUACGCAUGCCCCGCCAGAGCACCGCAGCCACACGCGCAGCACAGGACCUCAGGGCCUCUGCUAGUAUCCAUGCCUGGCAGUCCAGCUCAUUGCGCUUCGCCCCUUACCGGCCGCCUGACAUCGCCUUGAAGCCCCUGCUGUUCGAGGUGCCCUGCCUGUCGCCCGAGGCCCCCUUCACGGCGCGCCAUUGGCUGUUCCAGGAGGUGGAGGCGGGGCUAAGGAGCAACGACCCGACGGCCAACCGGGGCGUGGUGAUCGUGGGCAACGUGGGCUUCGGCAAGACGGCCAUCAUCUCCCGCCUCGUGGCACUCAGCUGUCACGGCAGCCGCAUGCGCCAGAUCACCUCCGACAGCCCCCACGCCUCGCCCAAACAUGGUGAGAGUUUGACUCUGGGGGGUCAGUCCCAGUCAUCUCAUGGUACUCUGGUGGGGGGCAGUUGCCCUGGUACCCCCGAAAUGAGGCGACGACAAGAGGAGCCCCUCAGGAGACUAGCCUCUCAGGUGGUGGCGUAUCAUUACUGCCAGGCGGAUAACGCCUACACGUGUCUGGUGCCGGAGUUCGUCCACAACGUGGCGGCUCUGCUGUGCCGGGCGCCGCAGCUCAUGUGCUACCGGGAGCAGCUGCUGAGGGAGCCCCAUCUGCAGAGCACGCUCAGCCUGCGCUCCUGCGUACAGGACCCCUUCAACGCCUUCAGGAGAGGGGUGCUGGAGCCCCUGGAACUGCUGCACAGAGAGAGGAAGAUAGCGUGUGAGGAGGACCUGGUGAUCCUGAUCGACGGCCUGAACGAGGCGGAGUUCCACAAGCCGGACUACGGAGACACCAUCGUCUCCUUCAUCUGCAAGACCAUCGACCGCUUCCCCCCCUGGCUCAAACUACUGGUCACCGUCAGGACCUCACUACAUGAGGUGACCAACCCGCUGCCGUUCCACCGCAUCUCGCUGGACACGCUGGAGGAGAACGAGGCCAUCGACGGCGACCUGCAGGGCUACAUCCUGCAGCGCAUCCACAGCAGCCCCGAGAUCCAGAGCAACAUCUCCCUGAACGGCAAGAUGGACAACUCGGCCCUCUCCAAGCUCAGCACGCACCUCAAGGCCCUCAGCCGCGGCUCCUACCUCUACCUGAAGCUCACCCUGGACCUCAUAGAGAAGGGCUACCUGGUACUCAAGAGCUCCAGCUACAAGGUGGUGCCAGUGAGCCUGGCCGAGGUCCACCUGCUCCUGUUCAACAUGCGCUUCCCCACGCAGUCGUCGUUUGAGCGCGCGCUGCCCCUGCUGAACGUGGCCGUGGCCUCGCUGCACCCCCUGACGGACGAGCAGGCCUUCGGGGCGGUGAACGCCGGCGCCGUGAGGGGCGGGGUCAUGGACUGGGAGGACUUCCUGCAGAGGGCGGAGCUGCUGUCGCCCUUCCUGGUGCGGCGGAGAGACGGCACACGCAUGUUCGUGCACCCCUCCUUCAGGGAGUGGCUCAUAUGGAGGGAGGAGGGGGAGAAGACCAAGUUCCUCUGUGACCCCAGGAGUGGCCACACACUGCUGGCCUUCUGGUUCUCUCGCCAGGAGGGAAAGCUCAACCGGCAGCAGACCAUUGAGCUGGGACACCACAUCCUCAAAGCACACAUCUUCAAGGGCCUGAGCAAGAAGGUUGGGGUCUCCUCGUCAGUUCUGCAGGGGCUGUGGGUUUCCUACAGCACAGAGGGGCUCUCCACUGCCCUGGCCUCCCUUAGGAACCUCUACACACCCAACAUCAAGGUGUCCCGUCUGUUGAUCCUGGGCGGUGCGAAUGUCAACUACCGUACGGAGGUGUUGUCCAACGCCCCGGUGCUGUGCGUGCAGGCCCACCUGGGCUACGGCGAGACCGUCUCCCUGCUGCUGGAGUUUGGCGCCAGCGUGGACGCCACCUCCGAGAGCGGCAACAGCGCUCUGGGAUACGCCGCUGCCGCCGGCCACCUCGCCAUCGUCACCCAGCUCUGCGCCAAGAAGGCCAAGGUGGACCACUUGGACAAGAGUGGCCAGUGUGCGCUGGUGCACGCUGCUCUACGGGGCCACCUAGAGGUGGUGAAGUUCCUGGUGCAGUGCGACUGGACCCCCGAGGGCCACCAGGGGGCCUUCAGCAAGAGCCACGCAGUACAGCAGGCUCUCAUAGCAGCCGCCAGCAUGGGAUACACUGAGAUUGCCUCGUACCUGCUGGACCUGCCUGAGAAGGAUGAGGAGGAGGAGGAGCGAGCCCAGAUCAACAGCUAUGACACACUCUGGGGAGAGACAGCUCUGACUGCAGCGGCGGGUCGUGGUAAGCUGGAGGUGUGUCGUCUGCUGCUGGAGCAGGGGGCCGCGGUGGCACAGCCCAACAGGAGAGGCAUCGUACCCCUCUUCAGCGCAGUACGCCAGGGGCACUGGCAGAUAGUGGACCUGCUGCUGAACCACGGAGCUGAUGUCAACAUGGCCGACAAGCAGGGACGCACCCCUCUCAUGAUGGCCUCCUGCGAGGGACACCUGGGCACCGCCGAGUACCUACUGGCACAGGGUGCGUCUCUGGCGCUGAUGGACAAGGAAGGGUUAACGGCGCUGAGCUGGGCGUGCCUGAAAGGCCACCUCCCGUUGGUGCGCGCCCUGGUGGAGAAGGGAGCCGCCACUGCCCACGCCGACAAGAGCGGACGCACACCCCUUGACCUCGCCGCCUUCUACGGGGACUCGGAGGUGGUGCAGUUCCUGGUGGAGCACGGGGCCAUGAUCGAGCAUGUGGACCACAGCGGCAUGAGGCCUCUGGACCGCGCCGUGGGCUGCAGAAACACAUCAGUGGUGGUCGCACUACUCAAAAAGGGAGCCAAGAUCGGUCCAGCGACGUGGGCGAUGGCCACCUCUAAGCCAGACAUCAUGAUCGUGCUGCUCAGCAAACUCAUGGAGGAGGGAGAUGGCUUCUACAAGAAGGGCAAGGUGAAGGAGGCUGCCCAGCGGUAUCAGUAUGCCCUGAAGAAGUUCCCCCGCGAGGGCUUCAGUGAGGACCUCAAGACCUUCAGGGAGCUCAAAGUCUCCCUGCUGCUCAACCUCUCACGCUGCCGUCGGAAAAUGAACGACUUUGGGAUGGCUGAGGAGUUUGCCAGCAAGGCUCUAGAGUUGAAACCCAAAUCGUACGAGGCCUUUUACGCCCGGGCCCGCGCCAAGCGCAGCAGCAGGCAGUUCCACGCAGCCCUGGAGGACCUGAGUGAAGCCAUGCGCCUGUGCCCCAGCAACCGCGAGAUCCAGCGCCUCUUCCAGCGCGUGGAGGAGGAGUGCCGGCAGGUUGCCCAGCAGCAAGACCUCGACCACCCGCCCCCUUCCCCUCCCCCUCCCCAGGAGCCAACCAGAACCCCCGAACACCACCAGGAGCCAAUGAGGACGCCCGAACGCCACCACCACCACCAACACCAACAGGAGCCAAUCCGGAGCCAGUCCUCGAUGGAGCCAGUCCUCAGUCCUCGGCUGGCGGACAUGGAGCCGGUGCAGGACCUGUUUGAGGAGGACGACGACUAUCUGGAGCGCGAUAUGGAGGCCGGCCCACUAGGGGGCAGUAGUGGUGUAAUGGUGGCCGGGAACCGCUGCAGCCCCUCUGCUCUGCCCAUCAUCCAGAACAUGCCCCCCUCCCCAGGCCAUCGUGACUCCCCUUACCUGUCCGGAGGCCCGUCUCUGGGCCAGACCUUCGAGCUGCGCCCCAGCCCCACCUCCAUGUCGUCCCCGACGCGCCAGGGCUACGGCUCGUCCCCUUCGCCGUCCUCCCUCUCGCCCACCCACCAGAGCGGCUUCCGGCCCAGCCCGACCCACACCUCCCCGGCCCACCACUACCAGCACCCGGUCUCCCCCCCUCACCCCCACCCGCAGACCCAGCCACCGCCUCCGCCAUCAGGGGGUUCCUACCACUUCAGCCCCCCACCCUCGCCUCUCCGUCGCGGGCCGCAGUACCACCGAGCCAGCCCCACCUCCGAAGGCGCCGCCCUGUACCGCCCCCAGUCCGCCUCCGCCGCUUCCACCCGCUACCAGCAGGAGGCGAUGCAGCACCACCACCACCACCAGCACCACCAUAACCCGCACGCCGGCCGACCCAAGUCCCCGCUCUCCCUCUCCAAGAUGGCAGGCCAGCGCUCCUUCCAGCAGGGCCCCGUCUCAGUGUCGGUACCGGUCCAGGCCCAGGCGCAGCAGGGCCAGUGGCUGCAGCCCGCUAAGGCCCAGAUCGUGCGCACCAACCAGCCCAGCGCCGCCGUCCACUCCAGCGCCGUGCUCUCCAGCAACGCCUACAGCCAGAUGGCCCACUCCAUGGGCGGGGGCGGCCAUGAGGACAUGAUGGAGGGCGUGUAUGGAGGCGUUGGCAUGGGUGGUAUGGGUGUGGGCAUGGGUGGCAUGGGUGGAGGUUCGUUGCAUAUGCAGGGUGGCCUGAGCGCCGGGAUGCUGUACCAGCGCGCCAUGAGCAUGGACCCGAGUCUCAUGGAGGACAUGGAGCAACCUCCACCACCACCACCUCCCCCCCAACAGCUGCAGAGACCCACCUCAGCCUACCAGCGACCCAUGACCGCCGGUGGAGGAGGUGGAGGGGGACUACGCUACGGCCACGCCCCACAGAUCAGCCGCAGCCAAUCGGCGGCCUACUACCCGGGGGCCAUGAUGCCGGCCCACGAGAUGGAGAGGCAGCAGUCGCAGCAGCUGGGCUCUCCGGAGAACAACCCGCACCACCGCAGCCGGCCCGUCAGCGCCAGCGUGGCCGGCAGCGCCCAGGAGCCCAAGCCUCACCCGCCCACCCCGCGCCCGCUCAUCCACUCCCAGAGCGUGGGCCUGCGCUUCUCGCCCUCGGCCAGCAGCCUGGGCCCCGGUGGUAGCGGUGGCGGCGCGGGCUCGGCCGCUAAUCUAGGCCCAGGCUUCAGGCCCUCGGCCUCCGCCCAGCAGAUGGAGAUCCCGCUGCAGCUGUCGUACGAGGCCGGGCUGUACUGCGAGGACCUGUCGCCCGUCUCCCCGCCCCAGGGCGGCGGCCCCAUGGACAUCUCGCGCAUCAUGGGGGGCACGUACCCCGGCGAGGCGCUGCGCUCCCGCAACACCCCGUUCAUGGGUGUCACCGACAAGACGGCGCGUACGCACGUGCCGCAGUACCCGCAGCAGCCCUCGCUCCCCCCUCCUCCGCAGCCCUCCUCUUCCUCCUCCUCCUCCUCGCCUUCCUCGCGCUCCUGGGCCGUCUCCUCGCUGGACGUGGUCACCAGUCCUGCCACCUCCCCUGGCAACGGCGGCGGUGGCGGUGGCGGUGGUCACUACGGGCACAUAGCCUACUACAACCGCACCAACAACGCCCACAACGGCCACCUGAUGGAGGACGACUACUACGCCCCGCCCAGCUCCGUGAGCGAGCGCGCCGCCUCCAACAUGGCCGCCGGCCUGGGCCUCGGACACUCCCACGAUGCCAUGGGGCGGGUGAGCCAGGCGCCCACCUACCCGGACGUGAAGAUGGCGCGGACGCUGCCCGUGGCGCAGGCCUAUCAGGACGCGGCGGGAAGCGAGUACCGGCCAAUGGGGCGCUCCGAUCGGGGCCAGGCGGGGGGGCCCACCUCCCCCAUCAAGCCAAAGAGGCCCUUUGUGGAGUCCAACGUGUAGGCCUGGCCCACUGGCUGACUGGCUGGAGAGACCAAUACAUAUGACACACUCACAUACACACACACACACACACAUUCCUACACAUGCGUAACCGCUUGGGCAGAGUUCUGCAAGCCCACACACACUCGCACACAUGCGCAUUGCUUGCUGACAUGUAGGUGGGCUUUUGGAAACCGACUACAUUACGAACACACACACACACACACCAACACACACUUACACAUCUGCAAUCGCCUCGCUUACCAGACUUGCCUACCUGAUGGGCUUUCAUUGCAGCUUGGGGAUUUUUGCAGGACAUUCAAACAUUCCCAAAACCAGACUCACAUACUGCACACGCAUACAAACGCACGCACACACACACACACACACACACACACACACACACACACACACACACACACACACACACACACACACAUACAAACACACACACACACACACACACACACACACCACUGACACCACAUAUCUCUUGUCCAUCUCAUGUUGUCAUAACGCUGGGUUUCCUUAAGCAGGUUGCAUAGGGGCACAGAGCACAGUUUCAAACUGGAGAUCACUCGUUCAGGACAAGAAUAAAUAAUAAUAAUAAUAAUAUUAAUGGAUCUGAAACGAAUAGACAGAUAUCCGCAUUUUUUGUAUCCCUACUGUUUAUAGUGUGGCCUUACAGACAUACCGUACAUAUGAACAUACUAGAGUAUAAACAGCGAGCAGUGCUGCUUUCUUCUCGUCUGUCCCAGGUGUUAGUGCUGGCUAUUAGUUCAAGGCUUUUGUGUACAUUCAUACAAGACGUUCACGCUCGCAGUUAAAGUUGGUGAAUUCCCCAUAUAGAUCGGGGCCAGUGCAAGGCUCUGAUAUCCUCUUAAGAGAAGCCUGUAGAGUUCAAAGGUCAUCUCGCAGCCGACAAAGUCCACUCUUUAGCAUCUGAACCACAGGUGUUCGACCACCGUCCAUCCCAGGAGAAAGGGGGACGUCCAGUCAUCUCUCCCCCAGUCUUGGUUCACUAUUGUGGGGUCGAUGUACCUCAGGUUCUGGCUGUCAUCUGGAACUGUCCCAGCAUGCCUCAGCAAAGAUGAACUGAGAGGCAAACACACUGCUGUGGCUCCUAGUCAAUAAAAGUGACUUUUACAGAAAAACAAGUCUGACACCAAGGCAAAAUGUGUACAUAGCAAAAAAGCGGAAAAAAGUACUAUUUAUCAUUUUAAGUUAUGUUUGUAAAAUAAUUACGGAUAUAAAAAAAUAUAAAUAUUCUAUAUACCUAAUUUUGUUUUUUUUUUCUCUACUUGAUUGUAAAUUUGUUCACCUUCCUGCUUGCUUUUCGAAAGGUCCGACAUAAAGGCAGUUACGAGGAAGGGAAGGAAGAGAGGAGGGAAAAGGUUUUUUUUGUGGAGUUCUGUUUUGGUCUGUUCAGGUCUGUUGGUCCAGCCAGUUCUUAGAAGAGUUACGUGACCAUAUCACUUGGGUAAAGAAAAGAGCAAACGGGAUCUUGGUGUUGCUGGUCUUGGUCUUGGAAGAGUUUUAAUGCAACCUCCACAGGUAGCCUCUUACUGCAGAUGGGCCAGUGGACAGGCCUAUUCACUACAGUUGCUGAAAACACUCAACUACAUCAUCAUCACAACAUUGCUACGACAAUGCAGAGAGUCUUAAGUAACCGAUUAAGACUUGGUCCAUUCCCAUUUUGGUGACAAUAAGGUCAUAACAGAGGCUCUGCGCUAAGGGAUUAAACCGUACACAUAUAAAAUUUAUAUUUAUAUUUUAUACAUGUCGAUGGUUAAAGCAGAGGGGAAGAGGGCAGGAAAAGGGGUCUCUUAGGGUUCUGCCGGUCUGGUCUGUUGGCCCACUUCACAGAGACAUCAUGUGACCGGGAGUGUGAGUGCGGGAGAACAAUGGUGGGCAGUGCUACUGGAGAUUCUAAUCAGCGCUCCCUCCUUUUCUCUAAACGGAGCGCACGUGACUUCCUGUGAGGGCAGAGCCGGACGCUGAGGAGGAGAGGAGAGCAGUAGAGGGAGGGAAACUGCACUGGGAAGCAGCCACACUAGACAGAGCCGGUUUCACCAAGACGCCAAAGGCCCCACCAAAUUAGCCUACUGUAGGGGGCCCGCAAUGGUAAAUAACAGAGAAUAUACUUGCAUCAUCUGGCAGCGUUCAUCAGCUACACACAGGGGCGUUCCCUUCUUUACACAGCAAGGU